GACGAAACCGUGAAGCAAAUAGAUGUUGUAGGCGUGUUGGCUGUCUUCCCUGCAACUUGACCAGCACACCCCCCCACACCCCAGCCAUUCCUUGUAUUGGAUGAGUCAGGUAGCGAGUGCAAAACGCUGUUCCUUGCGUUUGGAGUGAGUGGGUCGACGGCGCGCUAAAAAUAUUGAAGACCUUGGGAGUACUCAAACGGUGCAUGUUGAGGGCAGAACUUUUCGCCUCACCGCGACUUUAUGUAAUCCAACCAGAACUUAAGUUUGAUCUGCGGCUAUGAAAUGCCAACCUUGGCUCCCGGGAGGCGUGGCUAGCGUCCUGGGGCUUCGGGAGGCGCAGUUCCCUGGGACAACAGUCCUGGCAAUACCAUAAAAGGCCUGAUUGCCUUAUUCUGGAGCCAGGCUCCGUGGGCAACAAUUCCUACAGACCAUGAUUGUGUGAAAUCCUUGGUUCCCGAGUCCUUAGUCCUCUGCUUCCUUGCCUGCCUGCUGACUCCGCCCCUCGAUAGCCUGGCCUGUCCACCCUGGCAACGCCCUCCUGGCUGUGGGCCGCCCCGUCUCGUGGGCCCCGCCUACCCAGCCCCUAGCUCGGCCCAACCGGCAGUUCGCGUUUUGAGCCGCUCGUGCCACCAUAGCUGCGGCUGCGGCUGCCGCUAUCGCGGCGGAGGUGAAAUCGCUGAGCGCGAUGCCUGAGGGCGCAGUGAGCCGGGCGACCCUCGCGCUGCGGGGCUGGCAAGGGCUUAUUGGAAGGUCCUGUGGAGUGAGAGGGCAGUGCCAAUGUUGAGACACGACCAGAGGGCUCCUCACCGUGAUGGCUGUGGAAGGAUCAACCAUUACCAGCCGGAUCAAGAACCUGCUGCGCUCUCCCUCCAUCAAACUGCGCAGGAGUAAGGCAGGAAACCGGCGGGAGGACCUCGGCUCCAAGGUGACCUUGGAGAAGGUUCUGGGAAUAACAGUGUCUGGAGGCCAAGGACUUGCCUGUGACCCCCGAUCAGGUUUAGUUGCCUAUCCAGCUGGAUGUGUGGUCGUGUUAUUCAAUCCCCGGAAACACAAGCAGCAUCACAUCCUUAACAGUUCCAGGAAAACCAUCACAGCCCUUGCCUUCUCCCCUGAUGGCAAGUACUUGGUCACUGGCGAGAGUGGGCACAUGCCCGCCGUGCGGGUGUGGGACGUGGCCGAGCACAGCCAGGUGGCAGAGCUGCAGGAGCACAAAUAUGGGGUGGCUUGUGUGGCCUUCUCCCCGAGCGCCAAGUACAUUGUCUCUGUGGGCUACCAGCAUGACAUGAUCGUCAACGUCUGGGCCUGGAAGAAAAACAUUGUGGUGGCAUCUAACAAGGUAUCCAGUCGGGUGACAGCAGUGUCCUUCUCUGAAGACUGCAGCUACUUUGUCACUGCAGGCAACCGGCACAUCAAAUUCUGGUACCUGGAUGACAGCAAGACCUCGAAGGUUAAUGCCACCGUGCCCCUGCUGGGCCGCUCGGGGCUGCUGGGGGAGCUCCGGAACAACCUGUUCACUGACGUGGCCUGCGGCCGAGGGAAGAAGGCAGACAGCACCUUCUGCAUUACAUCCUCAGGGCUGCUGUGCGAAUUCAGUGACCGCAGGCUUUUGGACAAAUGGGUGGAGCUGAGAACCACGGUGGCCCACUGCAUCUCUGUGAGCCAAGACUACAUCUUCUGUGGCUGCGCCGAUGGUACCGUACGGCUCUUCAACCCUUCCAACCUACACUUCCUCAGUACCCUGCCCCGACCACAUGCCCUGGGCACAGACAUUGCCAGCGUCACUGAGGCCAGUCGCCUCUUCUCUGGUGUGGCCAAUGCCAGGUAUCCAGACACCAUCGCCUUGACCUUUGAUCCGACCAAUCAAUGGCUGUCCUGUGUGUACAACGACCACAGCAUUUACGUUUGGGAUGUGAAGGACCCCAAGAAAGUGGGCAAGGUGUACUCAGCCUUGUACCAUUCCUCUUGCGUCUGGAGUGUGGAGGUCUACCCUGAGGUGAAGGACAAUAACCAGGCCUGCCUGCCCCCUAGUUCUUUUAUUACCUGUUCCUCUGACAACACUAUCCGCUUGUGGAACAUGGAGAGCUCCGGUGUGCAUGGCUCCACCCUGCACCGAAACAUCCUCAGCAAUGACCUCAUUAAGAUUAUCUAUGUAGACGGGAACACGCAGGCCCUGCUGGACACUGAGCUGCCUGGAGGAGACAAAGCCGAUGGGUCCCUGAUGGAUCCCCGGGUGGGCAUCCGCUCUGUGUGCAUCAGCCCCAAUGGACAGCAUCUGGCUUCAGGGGACCGGAUGGGCACACUCAGGGUGCAUGAGCUUCAGUCCCUGAGUGAGAUGCUGAAGGUGGAGGCCCAUGACUCAGAGAUUCUGUGCCUCGAGUAUUCUAAGCCCGACACAGGUCUGAAGCUGCUGGCGUCGGCAAGCCGGGACCGGCUGAUCCACGUGCUGGACGCUGGGCGGGAGUACAGCCUACAGCAGACGCUGGACGAGCAUUCCUCCUCCAUCACCGCUGUCAAGUUUGCAGCCAGCGAUGGGCAAGUCCGCAUGAUCAGCUGUGGAGCAGACAAGAGCAUCUACUUCCGCACUGCACAGAAGUCUGGAGAUGGUGUGCAGUUUACACGGACACACCACGUGGUGCGGAAGACGACCCUCUAUGACAUGGAUGUGGAGCCCAGCUGGAAGUACACAGCCAUCGGCUGCCAAGAUCGAAACAUUCGGAUCUUUAACAUCAGCAGUGGGAAGCAGAAGAAAUUGUUUAAAGGGUCCCAGGGUGAGGAUGGCACCCUCAUUAAGGUGCAGACAGACCCCUCGGGGAUCUACAUUGCCACCAGCUGUUCUGACAAGAACCUUUCCAUUUUUGACUUCUCUUCAGGCGAGUGUGUGGCCACUAUGUUUGGCCACUCAGAGAUUGUCACUGGCAUGAAGUUUAGUAAUGACUGCAAACACCUCAUCUCCGUGUCAGGGGAUAGCUGCAUAUUUGUCUGGCGCCUGAGCUCCGAAAUGACCAUCAGCAUGAGGCAGCGUCUGGCCGAGCUACGCCAGCGCCAGCGAGGGGGCAAGCAGCAGGGCCCCUCUUCUCCCCAGAGGACUUCUGGAUCUAAGCGGUGUCAGGCCCCACCAAUGCUCUCAACCGGACCAGCUCUCUCAUCAGACAGCGACAAGGAGGGAGAGGAUGAGGGUAAUGAGGAAGAAGAACUCCCAGCUCUGCCCACACUUUCUAAGAUGACCAAGAAGGAUCCAGCUGCAAGCCCCAGCGCAGCCCUGCCCCGGAGCCUGUCCCAUUGGGAGAUGAGUCGGACACAGGAGCCAGUGGAAUUCCUGGAUCCAGCUCCUUCAGCCAACCCAGGACCCAGGAGAAGGGGGCGCUGGGCUCAGCCAGGUGUGGAGCUGAGUGUCCACUCCAUGUUGGACUUGCGACAGCUGGAGACACUGGCCCCAAGCCCUCGGACCCCCAGCCAGGACUCGCUGGCCACAAGCCCAUCUGGUCCUGGGAAGAAUGAUCGGAAGGACUGUGAGACCUCACAUGGCAGCCAGAGUGAAAAGACCGCUCGGUCACAGGCUUCCCAACCCUGUUCCUGCCCCCACAUUAUCCGAUUAUUGUCACAAGAGGAAGGGGUCUUUGCCCAAGAUCUGGAGCCUGCACCCAUUGAAGAUGGUGUUGUCUACCCAGAGCCGAGUGAUGGCCCCACCAUGGAUACCAGUGAGUUCCAGGUGCAGGCUCCAGCCCGAGGAACCCUGGGAAGAGUGUACUUGGGCAGCAGGGGCUCAGAGAAGCACAGCCCCGACAGCGCCUGUUCAAUGGAUUACAGUGGCAGCCGCCUCUCCAGCCCCGAGCAUCCCAAUGAAGACUCCGAGAGCACGGAGCCCCUGAGUGUGGAUGGCAUCUCCUCAGACCUUGAAGAGCCAGCUGAGGGUGAUGAAGAGGAGGAGGAAGAGGAGGGCAGCACGGGCCUAUACGGGUUGCAGGAAGGCAGCCCCCAUACGCCGGACCAGGAGCAGUUUCUGAAACAGCACUUUGAGACUCUGGCCAAUGGGGCUGCUCCAGGGGCCCCAGUUCGGGUGCCGGACAGGACAGAGUCUCGGAGCAUCUCUUCCCGAUUCCUGUCACAGGUGCAGAGUCCUCCACUCAGGGAACUAUCCCCCUCCUCAAACCCAGCGCUGACGUCAAGACCAGUCCAGGUGCCACAGGCAUCAAGCAAGCAGCUGAGAGGCAGUGGGGCCAAUCCCCCUGGAGCACCUCCGGACAUGGAGCCCUCCUCUGGCAACCCUCGCCCUGAGCAGGCCGUGCCUGUGCUGCUGCCACGACGCCGUCACAACUUUGACAGCAGCCGGGCCCCCAAGAGAGUAGCUGCAGCCGGCUCCUUACCUGGCCUCCAGAAAGCCCAGUCUGUGCACAGUCUGGUACCACAGGAUGAGGCCCCUUCUUCAUCAGGUCCAUUGCUGUCACGGGAGAUCGAGACCCAAAAUGGACUGGGCACCCUGCCCCAGGCUGAUGGCCAUCCAUCUCGGCCCUGCUCCUACCAGAACCCUACCACCAGUUCCACAGCCAAGAUAGCUCGAAGUGUCUCUGUCGGGGAGAACUUGGGCCUGGUGGCCGAACCUCAAGCCCCUGCCCCAAGCCGAGCUGCGCCACUCAGCAAGCUGGCCCUGCCCAGCCGGGCUCACCUGGUCCUGGACAUCCCCAAACCGCUGCCGGACCGCCCUACCCUGCCUGCAUUUUCUCCUGUAACCAAGGGCCGGGUCCGUGGUGAGACAGAGCCACCUGGUGCUUCAGCCGUUGUAGGGAAGGCUCACAGCGCAUCUGAGAGGCGGGCCUGUUUGAGGGAGGGUGCUACUCCCAAGCCCAAGACAGAGUACCAGGCUCAUUCUGGGUCCAACAGCCCCCGCGCCCAGCAACUGCCAGCCAGCAUCCUCCUUCGAGGCCCCGAGAACUCGCAGUCCCCAACCCCCGAAGAGACUCCCAGUCCCAUGGAAUACACCAGGCCAGGGGCAGCCCUAAGCCAGGACUCAGACCCCGUGCUGAGCCUGCAGCAGUGUGAGCAGCUUGUGGCAGAGCUCCGUGGCAGCGUGCGCCAGGCUGUGCGGCUCUACCGCUUGGUGGCUGGUUGUAGGACGCCCUCGGCAGAGCAGAGCCGCAUCGCCCAGCUCCUCCGAGACACCUUCUCCUCCGUGCGGCAGGAACUAGAGGCCCUGGCUGGUGCCACACUGCCCAGCCCCAGUGGGAGCCCCGGGGCCGUGGGGGCUGAACAAACGCAGGCCCUGCUGGAGCAGUACUCAGAGCUAUUGCUCCGAGCUGUGGAGCGGCGCAUGGAACGCAAGCUCUGAGUUCCAGAAGCCUGUCCCCUGUGAAUGCUGCCCCUGCUCUGGACUGCGGCCCCUCCUCCACUCAACAGACGCGUGGGGACGUCUGAGUUGGUGGCAUGAGGCAGUGCCUGGAGGCGAGGCGGCUCUCCCAGCCGCUCAUGGAGCGGCGCUGUAUUUAUUAAUUUAUUUCCCUGACUGUUGCCUCACUUCCAAGGAGCUUCUGCCUCCACGGCCCACCCAGGGGCGCAUGGCAGGGGUUGAUCUUGGGUCUUCGUCACCUUGGUGCUGGGAGGGCUGGGAGGGCAGCUUGCCCCAUCUUGGCACACUGGGAAGGGCCACCCUCUCUUCUUAGAAGCCAUUUGAAACUACUUCAGGGAUCAGCAGACACAGGGUACUCCGUGGGGUAGAGGUGAGAGGGUAUGCAGUACCCUUUAGCCAACUGCAUACCUUCACUUCUCUCUCCCCUUCCCCUCCCACACCAGCUGCACUCCCCCGGAGCAGGGGAGGUUUGCCCCACCUCCUGGCCCUCCAGGGUGACCCCAGCCAUCAGGAGACUUGAGUUGGCAUCAGGACCUGAGGCUCCACAUUCCACUCCCUUUCUCCCUUGGACAGGACCUGUCUCCAGCCCUGGUCCCCAACCCCUUUCUUCUGGCCAGAAUUUGGAGAGCCAGCUGUGGGACGUUGCUGCGGGACAGUAAAUCCCUCUGCUGGGCAAACCUGAAGCCCUGGCCUCCUUCACUCAGCCCCUUGGUCUUCCCUAGCCUCCGACCCUGGCCCCCCGGUAGGCUGCUGGGGCCCCGACACUGCCUUGCCCCUGCAUCCUGAGUGAUGCUGUCAGCAACCUGUGUUUGGAACUUCCCUCUUGGUUUCCUGAGCACCAGCCCACCUUCUGAGGCCCUUGGCCACCAAUGCAG